AAGAAGUAAAAAAAGUAAAUAAAAUCUUUGCUGAUUUUUGCCGCAAUGAAAUCGGUGGAAAGGAUAUUCAAGAAAUUCGCACUAAAUUAAACGGAAGAACUUUAAGCCAAAUUUUAGAAGAAAAUGAAGAUUACGAAACCGAAAAAGAUGAACUGACUAGAAAAAAAGGGGAAUUAGAAGCCGAAAUCAUUCUCCUUACUAAUUCUCGGAUAAACCAAAUCCAAGAAAAGGAACGGAUAAUUACUCGCCUAAAAGAAGAAAAGACUGAUUUAGAAAAAAAGUAUAAGAAAAAAUCUAAGCAACUAGAUGAAGAGCAAUGCGAGAAUAAUAAAUUAACUAAGCAAAUAGAAGGAUUAGAAGAACAAAUUAAGCAAUUACAAAAAGACAAAUAA